AUGGAACAGAUGCGUGGAGCUGUGUGGGCUCUCAUUGAUGAGCUUCAAGAGCGAAUGCCGUUGAAGGAUGAUGGGCCUGAUGCAUAUCAUAUGCCCUUUCACGACAAGAUCUUUUUGUUCAGAUUGCUGCAGCAGUGGUACAAAAAGCGUCUUCAAACUGGCGCAGCGCCCCUGAUGCAGCAGGCGCCGAACAAAAACACUUUUUAUGCCUUGCUACGCGAACCUGAAUUCCACAAAGUGCGCUUCCAUCGACAAGUGGAGAUGGGACGAUGCCCCAUUUGCUGCGUCCUGCAGUUCUUUGGCAAGUACAUGUGCAUGAGCUGCGAAGAAUCCAGACGAGGUCACUGGCAGAGUUUGUUCGCUGAGCACCAGUUCUUGCAGAGAGCCCAAAAGAAGGAGUACGCGAACGCCAGGAUCCGGGCUGCGGUGAACUAUCCUGCUCAGGAAGCCUACUUGGCCAUGGAUGGUGGGAGCGGCUUUGACUUUGUCCUCCCUCACUUGGCAGGCAAGGACAUGGAGCUGCCAUCAAAAGCACUAGCUGGCUCGCACACGGUUCCGAUGAAGGUCCAGAAUGGGCUGGUGCAUGGAGACCACCGCAGCCACGUCAUUUUGUCCCCUGGCGUGAUCCGAAGCGGAGCAAACUACAUCUGCGAGUGUCAGCUCAUCUUGGUGAACACAAUCUUUGACGACCAUGGUGAUGUGCCGCCCCUGAUGUCCUUGCAGCUGGACAACGCUCCGUCCAACCACAACAUCUUGGUGCUCGUGUUCAACGCCUUGUUUGUGUUAGAGCAAGUGACCACCCAGAACCGGGUGCGCUUUGAGCUUCCAAACCACGCGCAUGACAUCUAUGAUGCUUUCCAUGCAAUUCACGCAAGAACUGUGAGUGGGACAUCGUUCUACUCCUUGAGGGAGCUGGACGAGGUCAUUGUGCAGUCGCACUCGGGUGCUCAUGAUCGGGCCGUGGCCAGCAAGGGGCCCGCCGAAAUGGGCCACGAUGUUAAGGUUUCACACUUGUGGAAGAUUCGAGACUUUUGGGAAUGGCUGGCGCCAGGCUACAGUGAUCCUAGCUCCCGUUUGGAUGCCCUGUCUCGCGCUAGCUUCAUCUACUACGACCAGCUGUCUGGCUACCACGAUUUUCUUUUGAAGCAGGAACUUGGGUACAUGUCAAGUCCAGCUGCAGACUAUGCACACGUUGGAACUCUGCUCACGCGCGAGAUGUUCGAUGCAGUGGUCGGCAGCCGAUGCCCACCUCUCCAACGCUUGAGCUCCGCGGCGCAGAAGAUGACGCGUGAACAAAAAACCUUGAACAAGAUCUCUAGUCUCAUGCAAGGCCCCUACGGGAUGCAAUUUACAGAGCAGCGCAUGGCAGAUGCGAAAGCAAUGUGCGAGCGGAACUGGGGUCACUUUCAGGACACUCCUGGAGAGCUUCUGUUUGCAAGGGCAAAUGUUUUACAAAUGUUUGCAGGGCCAUGUUUUUUGAACGCCACGAAGCAACCUUGUUUUUUUUUGCCUGCCAAGGAAUUGCCGGCGGAUGGCCGGCUGAAUCUGCUGCCCUCUGAGCUGGCCAGGAAGCUACUCGAAACGGGGAAGAGAGGCAUGGUGCCUUUGAGGGCAACUACAAAUGUUGAAAGCGGCCCAAGCCGCGCUUUGGCCAGAUGCAUGGAGUAUGACAAGACAAAGAACGCUCGCCAACGGACGCAUAGCAUGGCUGACUACUACGGCAUUGACCGUGGUGAGGGCGUGCAGCUGGUAGCAAGCUAUGGGACGCAGCCGCGAACGACUGAAGCUUUUCUGUCCCAGGCAGUGGCGACUGGUGGCUUUGUGGCAACGCGAGCUGCGCAGAACUCAGCUCUUAAGCAGAUGAUUCCAGACCUGGAGCUCAUGCCGUACUGGGUGUGGCAGAUCUUGAGGAUAUAUCAGCCAGGAGAAUCAGUGCAGCAUCGCGAUGGGAAAGCCACAGUGGCCACUGAACCUGUGUAUGAGGCUCAGAUCUUUGUCGCAGCAAGUCCGGAAACCGUGCAGGGGAAGUUGCAAGCGUGCUGGGAAAUCCAAGCAGGCGGUGCGUUUCUUCGCACUGCGGAGGAGAAACAGAAGAGGCAGGUAAACAAGUUCUGGGGGAAAAAACGGAAGACGACAGCUGCUGACAAGCAGGCCCGUUUUAAGCUUCCACUGACUGCCUUCUUGCGGCCAGCCAAUGUUGUAGGGGGCGGUUUCCACUUAACCCCGGCAAGGCAGUUGCCCGCCUACGUCCGUUUGUACCUGAAUGGAGAGUUUGACGUGCAAGCCUAA